GUUUUACAUGUAGUUUAUUUAUUUAUUUAUUUAGUUAUUUGAUUUUUUUUUUUUUUUAUAUUUUCCUUUUCUUAUUAUUCAUAAAAUAUGCUAACAUUUCAUAAUUACGAACAAAAAGCUGGGUUUACUUCAAGGAAAAAUAGCAAAGUGACUAAAAAGAGAUAUGAUUGUAACUUAUGUUCAAAAUAUUUUAAUCGACCAAGUGCAUUACAAACGCAUGUCUAUACUCAUACUGGUGAAAAGCCUCAUAUGUGCGAUACUCCUGGUUGUGGACGUCGUUUUGCAGUUAUUAGUAAUUUAAGGAGACAUCUACGUGUUCAUCAAUCAAGUAAUGUAAAUCGUCGUUUAAGUUCUCAAGAAAGACGUCAAUAUGUUGAAAAAUUAAUUCAAAAAUCAAAUGGAUUCACUCAUAACGAACAUGUUUUUACUUCUUUAUCUUGCUCAAACAAAAAUGAUUCUUCAUCAUUAUCUUCAGGAUAUUUGUAUCCUAUCAUAGAAAACAAUUAUAGAUUAUUAAAGCCAAAGCAGGCUCGACCUUUAUGUUUAACAGUUAAGCAUUUAUUAAACUGAUACAUCCCAUCAUCAUCCUAAGCCCCUCCAUUCCUUACCAUGCAUAUAUUACAUCUAUUCAUUUAUUAUACUGUCUAUCCUUUUGAUUCAUGUUAAUUUAUACUAUGCCAAUUAUUUAAUGGAUUUUUUUUACCCUUAUCACAAAGCCAACUUCUUAUUAUAACACAAAUAUCGACACUUUUUAUCACGAUAACCUCUUUCUUCCUCCUUAUAUAUGAAUGAUGAUUGCUGUUUAUAUCAUAACAAACAAAAUAUCUUUAUUUAUAUGCGUUUUAUAGCAAAAUUAUAAAAUUGCUUUUCUUUUUUCUUGAUUAAAAUCUGUGUAUUAUUUUAUUUUA